CAAUUUAUUGUACAGCCACUACGUGGUCAUUGUGCAACCGAGGUAAACGCAGAUCACGUGACGACUCAUUGCCAUUGGUGAGUUGUUCUCACAUUAUGGCGGAGGGACUAGUUGUUCGAAUGGAUUGUCACUCUCAUUUAAAUGCCUGUUUUGUUUCUUGAUCGCCUGAAUUUUAGUUUUUCAUCAUAUUUCAUUUGUCUUAAAGUACACUUCAUUACACCGCUUCAACAAUGGCAGACCGAGGAGUGGAUUUGUCUGGUCUACCAAAAGAGGUCAGGGACCAAUUGGCUGAGUUGGAUUUGGAGCUAUCAGAAGGUGACAUCACCCAGAAGGGCUAUGAGAAGAAGAAAGCCAAGCUCCUGGCUCCCUACAUUCCCCAGAUCCAGAACGUGGAUCCUCAUAUUCAGCUGACCCCUCCGGGCCCCAGCGCAGACCCCACUCCCAGCCCAGACGCCGGACCCUCGGCCUCCUCACGCCACCAUCGCUCACACCGCAGUGGAGGGGCCCGCGAUGACCGCUACCGAUCAGAUAUCCACACAGAGGCUGUGCAAGCUGCGCUUGCGAAGCACAAAGAGGAGAAGAUGGCGCUGCCCAUGCCCACAAAGCGACGCUCGGCCUUCGUCCAGUCGCCCGUGGACAACUGCACUCCUCCCGACACGUCGUCGGCGUCCGAGGACGAGGGCUCCCUCCGCCGGCAGGCUGCGGUGAGCGCGGCGUUGGUCCAGAGCCUGCAGAGCCCCGACUACUGGAUCAACCGCUCGCUCCAGGGCUCGUCCACCUCCUCGUCCGCCUCCUCCACCCUCUCCCACGGCGAGCCCAAGAGCCAGAACCAGAGCCAGAACACGGGCCCGCCCGCCCCCAGCGCCCUGGCCGACGUGCUGGCCCACACACGCUUAGCGGAGAACAGCAGCGUGCCCCCUGACGUUACCUCCACCACGCAGCAGGACCGGGGCUCGCGGGUAGACAUACCCCCCGUGCGUGGCAUGAGCCGGGGCCAGAGCCGCGCCAGCAUGAUGGACACGGCAGACGGAGUCCCAGUGAACAGUAGAGUGUCCACUAAGAUCCAGCAGCUGCUCAACACACUCAAAAGGCCCAAGCGGCCGCCACUCAGCGAGUUUUUCCUGGACGACGCGGAGGAGAUUGUGGAAGUGCCCAGGCCUGACCCCAGCACGCCCAGGCCUGAGGGACGACAGAUCAUCCCGGUGAAGGGCGAGCCUCUGGGUGUGGUCAGUAACUGGCCCCCAGCCCUGCAGGCAGCGCUGGCCCGCUGGGGGGCCACCCAGGCCAAGAGCCCCGCCCUCACCACGCUGGACAACACCGGCAAGCCCAUCUACACCCUCACCUACGGCAAGCUGUGGAGUCGCAGUCUGAAGCUGGCCUACACUCUCCUCAACAAGCUGGGCACCAAGAGCGACCCCGUUCUCAAGCCUGGCGAUCGGGUGGCACUGGUCUAUCCCAACAAUGACCCAGGCAUGUUCUGGGUGGCGUUCUAUGGCUGUCUGCUGGCAGAGGUCAUUCCUGUGCCCAUCGAGGUGCCACUCACUCGCAAGGACGCAGGAAGUCAGCAGAUUGGCUUCCUGUUGGGCAGCUGUGGCGUUGGAUUGGCUCUGACCAGUGAGGUGUGUCUCAAAGGCCUCCCCAAGACCCCCAACGGAGAGAUCCUGCAGUUCAAAGGAUGGCCAAGGCUCAAGUGGGUUGUGACGGACACAAAGUACCUGACCAAACCCUCCAAAGACUGGCAGCCCCACAUCCCCACCGCCAACACUGAUACCGCAUACAUAGAGUAUAAGGCCAGUAAGGAGGGCACCGUAAUGGGUGUGGCUGUGUCUAAGAUUUCAAUGUUGACACACUGCCAGGCUCUCACACAGGCCUGCAACUACUGUGAAGGGGAGACGCUGGUGAACGUGCUGGACUUUAAGAAGGACAUGGGCCUGUGGCACGGUGUCUUAACGAGUGUCAUGAACCGCAUUCACACCAUCAGUGUCCCCUAUGCCGUCAUGAAGGCCUGUCCCCUGUCCUGGGUCCAGAGAGUUCAUAUCCACAAAGCUCGUGUGGCCUUGGUUAAAUGCCGAGACCUUCACUGGGCUAUGAUGGCCCACAGGGAACAAAGAGACACCAACCUGGCGUCGCUGCGCAUGCUGAUCGUGGCGGACGGCGCCAACCCAUGGUCGGUGUCUUCAUGUGACGCCUUUCUGAACGUGUUCCAGUCCCACGGGCUGAAGCCGGAGGUCAUCUGUCCCUGUGCCUCCUCCCCAGAGGCCUUGACCGUGGCCAUACGCAGGCCUGGUGUGCGCGGGGCUCCUCUCCCGGCGAGGGCGAUCUUGUCGAUGACCGGUCUGAGUCAUGGGGUGAUCCGGGUCAACACCGAGGACAAGAACUCAGCCCUCACCGUGCAGGACGUGGGCCAUGUCAUGCCAGGAGCACUGAUGUGUAUCGUGAAGCCAGAUGGGCCGCCCAUGCUGUGUAAGACGGAUGAGAUCGGUGAGAUUGUGCUGAACUCCCGGGCAGGAGGCACUAUGUACUACGGCCUGCCUGGAGUCACCAAGAACACAUUUGAGGUGAUCCCAGUGAACUCCAGUGGUGCUCCCAUUGGGGAGAUCCCCUUCACCCGUACUGGCCUGCUGGGCUUCGUGGGGCCGGGCAGUCUGGUGUUUGUGGUGGGGAAGAUCGAGGGGCUGCUGACGGUCAGCAGCCGGCGGCACAAUGCAGACGACCUUGUGGCCACCGCACUGGCCGUGGAGCCCGUCAAGACUGUUUACCGCGGGAGGAUUGCUGUGUUCUCGGUCACGGUGUUCUACGACGAGAGGAUCGUUAUCGUGGCUGAGCAGCGCCCUGACGCCAGUGAGGAGGACAGCUUCCAGUGGAUGAGUCGAGUGCUGCAGGCCAUAGACAGCAUCCACCAGGUGGGCCUGUACUGCCUGGCGCUGGUGCCUGCCAACACGUUACCCAAGACACCCCUGGGUGGCAUCCAUGUGUCAGAGACCAAGCAGCACUUCCUGGAGGGCUCCCUCCACCCUUGCAACAUCCUCCUGUGUCCCCACACCUGUGUGACCAACAUGCCCAAACCACGACAGAAACAGCCAGUGGGUGUUGGUCCUGCCUCCAUCAUGGUGGGGAACCUAGUGGCAGGGAAGAGGAUCGCCCAAGCGGCAGGCCGUGAGCUGGGGCUGAUCGAGGACCAGGACCUGGUGAGGAAGCACCAGUUCUUGUCGGAAGCCUUGCAGUGGAGAGCUCAGACUGACCCAGACCAUGUCCUUUAUGUGCUGCUCAAUACCAAGGGGGUGCCAGUGAGCACAGCCUCAUGUUUGCAGCUUCACAAACGGGCAGAGAAGGUGGCCACAGCACUGAUGGAACGAGGAGGCAUCAAUACAGGAGACAAUGUGGUGCUACUCUAUCCUCCUGGUAUUGACCUGAUCUCCUCCUUCUAUGGCUGCCUGUAUGCGGGCUGUGUCCCAGUGACGGUUCGGCCGCCUCACCCGCAGAACCUGGCUGCCACUCUGCCCACUGUCCGCAUGAUCAUAGACGUCAGUAAAGCUGCCUGCAUCCUCACCACUCAACUCCUCAUGAAGAUCCUCAGGUCCAAAGAAGCUGCCGCCAGCGUCAACAUCAAGACGUGGCCCACCAUCAUAGACACAGAUGAUCUGCCCAGGAAACGGCCUCCUCAGCUCUACAAGCCCCCCACCCCGGAGAUGCUGGCCUACCUGGACUUCAGUGUGUCCACCACCGGCAUGCUCACUGGGGUCAAGAUCUCCCAUGCUGCUGUGAGUGCUCUGUGCCGCUCCAUAAAGCUCCAGUGUGAGCUGUACUCCUCGCGACAAGUCGCCAUCUGCCUGGACCCCUACUGUGGCCUUGGCUUUGUGCUGUGGUGUCUGUCCAGGUGAGACGCACGCACGCACG